UGACUAUUUGCUUAGCUUUUCCCCUUCCCCUUCGUCCCAAUUCGGAGGCCGAGAGCUCUUAUGCCCCGCAUUUGACAGCUCGGACAUAGCUUCUACGGCUCUCUUGUAAGUCGUAACCGCGAGAGUGAUUACACAGCAGCACAAGCUAGAGUGACUAACAAGCAAGGUACCUACCUACAUGCAGUUUGUAGUUGACAUCAUUCCUGGUUGUAGUAUCGCAACGUAAAUGGCUAGGUUGUUUCCGAGCAGAGCCGAUAGCUUAUACAUAAUAUCUUUAUAGCAGUUUCUACCUAGUACCUAACCUUUAUUUUUACACGAUACUUUUUUUUCCCUCCCCUCUCUUGAUUAAUCCUGCUACUUCUUCACUUUCAACUAAUUAUAAGUGCAAUUUUUAAAGGUUAAAUACCUCAAUUGAAGCUUCACACCUUAGGUAUAUAAUACACGACUAUAAAAAUCAAGAUGGCGACUACACUAUUUCGAUCUGCUCCCUCCGUACGAGCUGCUUUGCGCGCCAGCUCCGUGAAACCUGGCGUUGCCGCGCUGGCUAGCACUUCUUUUGUCAGAGGCAAGGCAACUUUGCCCGACCUCUCAUACGAUUAUGGCGCACUCGAACCAUACAUCUCCGGAAGGAUCAUGGAGCUUCACCACAAGGGCCACCACCAGACCUACGUUACCGGCCUGAACAGCGCGCUGGAGACAAUUGAGGAAGCCAAGGCCAAGGGCGACGAAAUCCAAGCAGCUGCCGCUGCUCCUCUGCUCAACUUCCACGGAGGCGGACACAAGAACCACACUCUAUUCUGGGAAAACCUAGCUCCUAACAACAAGGGAGGCGGUGGUGAGCCCGAGGGUGCUCUGAAGUCGGCCAUUGAGAAAGACUUCGGCUCCUUCCAAACCCUCCAGAAGCAGAUCAACACCGCCUUAGCGGGUAUCCAAGGAAGCGGCUGGGCUUGGCUAGUCAAGGACAAGGCUGCUGGCACCCUACAGGUUAUCACCAAGGCCAACCAGGACCCGGUCAUUGGAAACCACAUUCCGCUCCUAGGUAUUGACGCUUGGGAACACGCUUACUACCUGCAAUACCAGAACCGCAAGGCCGAAUACUUCAAUGCCAUCUGGAACGUCAUCAACUGGGGCACUGUCGCUAAGAGACUGGAGAAGGCGUAAACAGCGGCAGCUCCGCUGUAAAUGACGAUACAACACGACAGACUAAGCUCUUGCUAUGUGUAGAUAUGAUAUGAAUGGACCUACUCUGUGCUGAGGCACACUUGGGCAUACUUAGGUAGUUUACGAAUGAGUGACUUCAGGAAGGUAUUGAGCUAGGCUAUUUGUUAAUAAAUAUAUAAUCGUCUCAACUGGAA